CAUUUCUAUGGCGCUGUCCGUCCACACGUGAUCGUAAGGAAAUAUCGGAUCUUUGUUUUCUUUGGAAGUCAUCUUUAUAUUCUGUUAGAAAGCUCAGAACAGCGUUUCUUCGGCAGAACCGAACAGAAACCGUCUAAUUGCUGAGAAAGUCAGCAAAAGGAGAAAAAGGAGGUCAAACGCAGUCUCGACGAAAUGACAUAUGUACAAGAUGAGACAAAAAAACCAAAGAAAAGCAAAAAGAGAAAGGCUAAUGAUGAGGAGUCCAGAGAAGCUGUUCCUGAAUCAGAUCUGGUGACGUCACAGAACGAUGAAACAGAAAGAAAAAAAAAGAAGAAGAAAAAGAAAAGUAAAGCAGAGGAGUCCAGAGAAGCUGUUCCUGAAUCAGAUCUGGUGACGUCACAGAACGAUGAAACAGAAAGAAAAAAAAAGAAGAAAAAGAAAAGUAAAGCAGAGAGCACUGGAGAUACGGAGACCUCACAGCAGCGGGAACCGUCUCUAGCAGAGGAUGAAAACGGCUCGGAUGGUGAGGAAGAGCUGAGUCCUGAGGAGAAACGAGUCCUGGAGAGGAAGUUGAAGAAGAUCCUGAAAAAGGAGGAGAAGAAGAGACUAAAGGAAGAAGGCACAUACGUCAAAAAAGCGAAGGUCAAGCCAAACCUUGCAGAGAAGAAGGCUCUGGAAUACCUCAUGCGCUGGUCUGAGAGACGGGAGGAGUGGAAGUUUCAAAAAAGCAGGCAGAUAUGGUUGCUGCAGCACAUGUAUGACAGCACAAAGGUGACUGACGAUCAUUUCGAAGUGUUGUUGGCGUACCUCGAAGGCCUGUGUGGGGCGUCGCGGGACAUCACAUUGCAGAAAGCUGAAGCGAUUGUGCGCUGGGAAGGACAAGGAGAAGAGGAAGAUAAAGAGGAGGCGGAAAAGAAAAAGCAGAGAGCCAAACAGGUCGUCCAGUUGCUGUGAUAGACCAGAACACUGAACAAAUCAUCAAAAUGAACAGUCUUUGGUGCUUUAUAUGAACUUGUCGUUGUACGUUUCAUUCAUUAAAUGAUCGCUGUGGGUUUUAUCUACCA